ACUGCAAUAACGACGAUUCUCAAUUGAACAGGUGUGACAAAUCAAAUAUUAUCGACACCAAAACUGUUGACAAUUUAUCAUGGUGAUGAUGAACUGAUACAAAUUCAUAUUUCAAAGUUAUAGUCAUUUAUGGACAAGUCAAGAAUAAAAAUUCCAUCCGAUAUUAUAUUAUUGUGGCAUUGAACGCAUUUUAAAUGUUUUGUCAGAGAAAGCUUAUCAAUACCGAAAAAUGGAGGGGAAAAUUUUCAGAGAUAUUCGAGAGUAUAUUAUGGUAACUUUUAACGAUAAAUUCACUGCUGAUCGAGAGCAUUCAAUUAAAUGUACGAAUAUCAAAAUAUUCAAUAAACAUAUCUUUCAAAGCUACCCCCUGGCCUAUGCUUAUAUCACACUCUGAAUUGUGAAGGUGAUGGAAUUGAUACCUACUUUUCAAGAUGAAAGUGAUGAUGAUGAUGAUGAUGAUGAUGAGGAUGAAGAUGAUGAUAUAGUACUAGACAAAGGAUCACAAUUACUUUCUGUAGCAGUUAAUUCUCUUCGCAUUGAUCUUAUACUCAAAGCUGGACUGAAUAUGCCACGAAAUAGGGUGGAAACUGCGUUCUAUGAAAGUAAAUUGCGGAUAAAUGGCAAUAAGGUAUUGAAGAAAGGCGAAAGGUGUAAAAUUGGUGAUGAAAUUGAUCUGAUACGUGGGGUUAGUUCAACAAAUCCAGAUUUCUUAUCCGUUUCUCGUAUUGAGAUAUUAAAUGUAAAAGAAGGUACCGAUCAUGUAAAAGUGAAACUUCAGCGAACAAAGGUUUUAACGAUUGAAAACUACAUCGAUGCUUGGACACCAGUUAGCAUCUGAGGUGUUCUGAUGUGAAAACAUUGUUCGAAGUAUAUUCGCCAGGAAUUGAAAACUAGUAAAGGAUUUUACUUCAUCCUCACUGCUUUUGUCAGUAGUGAUGUUGGAAUACUAGACAACUUAUAAAUAAAAUGUAAUACAAGGCCAGAGUUAUGAAAGAAUAAUCUGAUGUCAUAUUUGAAGAGCUACAACACGAAAAAUAGUUGUGAAUUUAUCUUUAUCAGUAUAUGUUCCUUGUUACUUUUGUUUGCACAAGUACAAAAAAUAUAUUGGUAUACGAACAGUU